AUGAUAAUACUCUUUUUUUUUUUUUUUUUUUUUUUAACGUCGGUUUUUGUUUGUUUGUUUGUUUGUCCGCCGCUUAAAAAAAAAAACGAAACGAAACGACAAUUUAUUUUUUAUAUAUAUAUAUUUUUUUUUUCGAUUACAGAUACGACUGGAAUUCCAGUGCUUAUGAUUACAUCAGAAGCUCACAGCAACGUCACACUUCCGUGUCCGGGCGUAACCGAAAGAUCUCUUAUCACGACCCUUCAAUGGGCUUCACAUACGAAAUUAGUUGAAUACAUGAGCGAAACAACAACCGUUUGGGAACACCGACAUCGUAUUAAUCUUUUAUCGGAUAAUUUCGCGUUACAUUUUCAUCCGGUAACAGCAGAAGACAGCGGGGAAUAUAGUUGUUUGGUUAAUAAUCGACCCAAACCGGAAGCCAUUGUUAAAUUGGUUGUACAAGACGUGCCUGAUCCACCGGGAAGACCUUUGAUAAUGGGUUUUACAUCACGGUCUGCUAAUUUAUCCUGGGCACCACCCCGUAACACGCACAACAGCGCCGUUAAAUUUUAUUCAAUACACAUAAGGUAA